GUGGGGAAGACAAGGGAAGACAAAAAGAAGACAAACAUGUCUUCUAGCAGCGAGGAUGAAGACGCCAAUAUUAAUGUUAUCCCCAUGGAGAACUUUCCCAGUGAUGGAGACAUGAGUACCUGGCCUGAGGGCAAUUAUAUUGAACGCUCCGAUUCUCGCUGGCGGGAGCUACUUGCUGAGAAUUGGCUCAAGGAUAUGGGCACUUUUGAAGAGGGUGUGGUUCAUACAAUUGAAAAGUUGCCUGAUGGAUAUUGCCUAUUCCAGCGACCUCGUGGCACCAAUCCUUCAAUGUUUGACCCUUUCCUCUUUGGUCACCCGAGCGGUCGGUAUUUCCAGUCACAGGCCACUUUCUUGCCCCAUUUCCUAUGUCUAGUCAAGGAUGAGCUGGACAAGUGUAAAUGCAAGCCAUGUGCUUCGAUGAAGACGAGCCAGGGGACUUCAGUUCGGGGGACUUCCGUGCAGGGAACUAAAAGAGUCAUGCAGCCAAGUGAGUACUACCAUGUCUUUUAUGUUAGAUUGUUUAUUGACACACAUCGAGUCAUCAAUGAACGUCGACCCACCGAUGCAGAGGGACCAGAUUACUGGCGAAUCUUAGUUAUGAAAUUGAAAGAUAAAAGGAAGCUUGAUGAAGAUAUUGAGCAGCGAUUCAAUCUUGACUGGGUGUUGACUCACGAAUGGCUGUCUGAUUAUUUUAUGAAACUGGUUCUGGAUCCCGCUUACGUCCCUCGUCGUGGUGAACUUGUUCUCUGGAUCUGGCAGGGUCUAGAAGACGGAUGUUUAUUGCUCAACCCCGAGACUGGCUUCAUUGAAAUAUUCGGCAACGACAACAAGUGGCAUGGCGUGCCCAAUUGGCGUGCUGGUGUGGUGACCCAAACCCCUGAGGAUGAAGGGCAUAUGGUGAAUAUUAUCGAAACCCCGGAUAGUCCACGCGGACUAAGUUACUCUGGUUUCCGUGUGGAGACUCUGCCGGAUCCGCUGGGUAAUGACAAGUCUUACUCGGUGCAAUACGCCUAUGUUCCGUUGCGUAACAUCAAACCUUUUAACACAUGGCAAGCCUUUCUCAAUGGACAAAAGCGAGAGGACGCACACCCAUCUAUUGAGAACGCUAUGACUGUGAUGUCUUCCUGGAGCGUGGUUCACAAGUUCCAUAUUGUUGGUGAAUGGCCCAACGCCAAGAUCCAUUGCAAAGGAAUCUUCAUUGGAGCCGAACUCCUUGCCGUACAUGACACCGUCCGUCUACGGCCAAAUGGAUUCCAUCACAGCCAGCUCAAAAAUGGAACAGUCGGCGAAGUGACGGAUGUGAUGGUCAUUGAAAAAAUUCAACUCUGCCUUUCGGGGUGCGUCGACGAUGACCAGGAGCAGCUAGCAGACCACUACACAGCCCUAAUCUGCGGCAAGAUGUUCACGAAGGACCCAAGUCGUGUUACCCAAGAGGGCCCAUUCAAAUGUACAACCCCAGUACCAUCCACCGAGGCAGCAGCCGAACCUAUCCCCCUUACUGCGGAAGAAGCAACCGCUACCUUCCGCCAGGUCAGCAUGAGCGACUACGGUCCCUGGUACCGCAUGGCCAAUGGCAAAAUCUGUAACGUCUCUCCGCAGCUAAUCGUCGGUCGCUGCUACGAACCACUCGCGGCAGAGCUGAUGUUCGGCACUCACACCUUGGGUUACGACCUCUCCGGCGUGAUGGAAGGUCGUGCAUACUCCUCACAAGUCGAUACACGUAUGGUCAAUAACAACACAUGGUUCUGGGGCGACUGCCGGGUGGAGACGCUCGGACUGACAGAGAUCAACGGCGUAGAAUGCGGGCGUACGGCGGCGCAGCGUGAAGACCCGCGCAAGUGGCAGGCGAUUAUCAAAAUGUCACACGGCGAAGUCAGCCACGCUCUCCGACGCCAUGCUCACAUCCCUUCUUCUGGUGGUCGGCCCUUUAAGUCUUCGUCUUCGUCUUCCGUUCCGAGAGAUACUAGCUCGCGGCCGAAGACUGGUCUUGCGCAGGUUGCGCGGAACAGCAAACUGGUCAGUUCUGCUAUCGGCAGUGCGCCGGAGACCGAAGAUGAGUCCUUUGAUGAUGCCAAUGGAUUGACUGACAGUCAAGUGUCUGGUGGUGUCUCUGGACUGGGCCUUCGGGGCGGUCCUUCUUCUGGGGAUGAUAGUGCGGAGGACUAUCCGUUUGCGUAG